AUGCUGGAUCCAAAAGCGUACUUUGCACAGUGGCAAGCCGCAGCCCAGCAGGCUGCGACAAUACCACAGCUAAGCCCUGAAGAGGACACUGAGCAGGAUGCCGUUUUGCAGCAGGUGUCGGCCCUCUCUGCUGUGCGGUGCGCAGCUCAUGUCAAGGAGAAGGGCCAAAACUUCACAUCCCUCGUCGCGAUUGAGGCCCUUUGCACCAUGGCAACGAAGAGCUCGUUCAAAUUGAGAGAGGAUCUUUUCCGACAGCCUCAUGUCAAAGCUCUGUGCAAGAAAAUCCAGGAGCUCCUCAGCCAGCCUCCGCCCGCGCUGGAUCUCCGGGACCUCUCGCGAGCAGCCGAGGCCUUGGCCAAGUUUCCUGAAGAAGCACGGGGCAACGCCGCAAUGAGCAUGGGAGCAAUUGCCAACUCCAUGAGCCAGCUGAACACGACCGACUGGAGCGCAGACACAGCCUCCAAAUUGUUGUGGUCCAUGGCAAGAUGUGGAGACGGCGAAGAGAUUCGGAAGAACAAGCAUGUGGUGUCGCACGUGGUCAAGGAGUUGGUGCGUGACAAAGGGCGUCGGAUACAAGAGCUGUCUUACGACGGGCUGGUGCAUCUGCUUUGGGCUGUUGCGAAGGCACGAAUCCAAAAGCGUGGUGUGGACAGGCAGACAGUUCAUACGCAGGAGAGUGACAACUUCCUUUUCCAGCUCACAUCAAGACGCAUAUGCGAUGAGAUCGACCGGAUUCCUGUCACGCUUCUAGCUGACGUCGUUCAGAUUCAUCACGAAAUCGGCAUCAAAAACGAAAGGCUGUUCAGAGCCAUUUGCCCCAAAAUCGUCUCAAAGCAGAAGGAGCUCCGGGAAGAUCAGAUGGCCAAGUGCAUCAAGGCUUACACUCGGUUCAUGAUCCCAUUGAAGGAGGAAGCACAGGGCUUCAGGACCAUGGCGGUUGUCCAGAAGGGUGACUUCUUGAGGCCGUCGGACAAGCCAAAGCCGAUGGGAAAGAAGACCUACGAGAAACCUCAGGCGCUGUAUCCAGAGACCCAGCUGCACGCGAAGUGA